AUGGGAAUCUCAUUGGGCCUGCUGUUCCUGGGCCACUUAAUAGUGCUCACCUAUGGUAAUCCCAUCCUAAAAACAUCAGAGUGUGUGACAAGGAUCUGGAAAGGGGAUGUGAAGAGUCAAUGUAUCUAUGAUCUAUGAAAGGCUACAGUCAAGUUUUGGAUGAAACACUGCUCUGACCUAGUUACCAUCUUCCUACAUGAUUCCUUGGGAGACCAUAUCCAGCCAAAAUACAGAGGACACCUGAAAGUGAGCCACAAAGUUCCAGGGGAUGUUUCCCUCCAGAUGAAUACCCUACAGAUUGAUGACAGGAGCACUCACUGUCCAAGUGAGGUCGCCUGGCAGACUCCUGAUAGAAAACAAGUGAUGAGAGAUAAGGUUAUUGAGCUCCAUGCUCAAAAUUCAACAACAAUGAAUUCAGCCACUGAUCAGACCGUUAAUGGAAAACUUGAAGGGACCAUUGUUAGCCCAGGAAAUAAACUUUCAAUCUUUCCCAUCAUCUUCACCAUCUCUCUUUGCUGCGUUGUGGUUGUCACCAUAACUUAUAUCAUGUUCUACCAUAGGAUGUUCCAACAAGUCACUGAAUUCACACAAGCAAUUAAGCCUUACACAACAUGCCUUUGUGUUUUAGUUUUUCACCCUUCUUAUAGGGUGUGUGCCAGGGAAAUGAGCAACUCUGAAGAAACAAGGGUGACUACUAUAGCGAGUGGGUACUUUCAUGAAUCAGAUUCUCAAGCUCUGAUCAAUGACUAUUCUAGUAAGCCCUGCCUGGGUCAGGAAUACCAAAUAACUACCAGAUCAACAAUGACUAUUCCUGCUGGCUGA